GAGGUUUUCCUUUCUCUGUCCCAGCAGGUGAGGGGAUGGUGAGAGAGACUGUGGAGCAGACGCCUCAGCAGGAAGAGGAGCAACUGGAAGCACAUGGGGCGUUGUUGCAAAGAUGCAAAGGGAGUGUGUCCAGGAGUUGCGAGCAGGGAAAAGGCUCUCAGGGGCAGCACAGGCCAGAGAAGUGUCAGGGGAACCAGCCAGUGCAGAAAGUUGGAAUAUCUGUUCACUAUCGGGAAACUCACAAAGGCCUCAAGGAAGCCACAGCCUGGCAGAGAAUCCUUACGGGAGAGAGAAAUAACACGGGCUUUGAGAGUGGGAAAAAGUUCAGGAGGUGCUCACACCAUCAGAGAAUCCACACUGGAGUGAGACCCUAUGGAUGCUGCGAGUGCGGGAAAACCUUCGCUCAGCGCUCAACUCUUAUUCGCCAUCAGAGGAUCCACACAGGGGAGAAACCCCAUGAAUGCUGUGUGUGCGGGAAAACCUUCGCUCAGCGCUCACACCUUAUUUGCCAUCAGAAGAUGCACACGGGGGAGAAACCCCGUGGAUGCUGUGAGUGCCGGAAAACCUUCACUCGGAGUUCAGGCCUUAUUCGCCAUCAGAGGAUCCACACAGGGGAGAAACCCUAUGGAUGCUGUGAGUGCGGGAAAACCUUUACUGAGAGCUCGCACCUUAUUUGCCAUCAGAGAAUCCAUAGGGGGCAGCGCCCCUAUGGAUGCUGUGACUGUGGGAAAACCUUCACUCAGCAUUCAAAUCUCAUUGCGCAUCAGAGGAGUCACACAAGGGAGAAACCCUAUAAAUGGUAUGAGUGUGGGAAAACCUUCUCUUGGCACUCAGCCCUUAUAAAACAUUGGAGGAUCCACACAGGUGAGAAACCCUACAACUGCCGUGAGAAACCCUAUGGAUGCUGCGAGUGUGGGAAAACCUUCGCUCGGAAAUCUGGCCUUAUUACACAUCAGAGGAUCCACACAGGGGAGAAACCCUAUGAAUGCCAUGAGUGCGGGAAAACCUUCCAUCACAGCUUUUCUCUUAUGUAUCACCAGAGAAGGUGCAAGGGAGAUAAACACCAUGAAAAUCUUGUCUAGGACUCAGGAAAGAUUUUUUUCCCCCCUUUUCCUAAUUCCAAAGUAGUGAACUUUAAGGCAGCAUUUGUGGCAUCUCAGCUCCUUCGCCACUGGACACAACCUCCAUCACUUUUCCUAGUGUAACCAAUUUUGGAGCAUCACGUUUAUACUUUUCCUCCCACUGCAGUGAUUGUUAGUCACCAGGUUCCCCCAUUAGGGACAGAUUGCCUCAUUCCCAGAUUGCACUGGGUUCUGCUGAAUAGCAGUUGUGUCUUGUACUCUUUUUCCUCAAUGUAAAUAUAACAGAGAAGGCGCGGGGAUAGAGGGUGUGAUAAAGUGGGGAUUUUCCCUU